GGGAGUCAGGGGGCCGCGGGCGCCGACGGCCGGGCUGUCAGCUCGGGGCCGCCGCCGCGCGAGGAGGCGCGGGAGCAGGAAGGAGCUGUGGGCUGGGAGCCGCUGUCCUCCCCGCCACCACCGGUGCCGGGCACCAGGUGAAUGCCCCUUCCAUCCCCCGCCCCGGGUGUCUCGGUCUGGUCUGAGGAGACGGGGACCCUUCUCACACCGGCCGCUGCCGCCGCCGCGCUCCGGAACAGAUCCAGUCCUUCUGUGGAACUUCUGAACAUCUUUUAUUAGUGGAAAUAUUUUCUACACAAUGAAGUCAACAACUUAAUUUAAACCAGUGUUUGUGCGGUUCUGAUUCAUCUGCUGUGGUUCCCGAAGCUUGAGAUCUAAGGAGUACAAGGUCUUUUGUGAUGACAAUAUGACUAAUAGUAAAGGAAGAUCUAUUACCGAUAAAACAAGUGGUGGUCCAAGUAGUGGAGGAGGUUUUGUAGACUGGACUUUACGUUUAAACACAAUUCAAUCCGACAAGUUUUUAAAUUUACUCUUGAGUAUGGUUCCAGUGAUUUACCAGAAAAACCAAGAAGACAGGCACAAAAAAGCAAAUGGCAUUUGGCAAGAUGGAUUAUCAACUGCAGUACAGACUUUUAGUAAUAGAUCUGAGCAACACAUGGAGUAUCACAGUUUCUCAGAGCAGUCUUUUCAUGCCAAUAAUGGGCACGCAUCAUCAAGCUGCAGCCAAAAGUAUGAUGACUAUGCCAAUUAUAAUUACUGUGAUGGAAGGGAGACUUCAGAAACCACUGCCAUGUUACAAGAUGAAGAUAUAUCUAGUGAUGGUGAUGAAGAUGCUAUUGUAGAAGUGACCCCAAAAUUACCAAAGGAAUCCAGUGGCAUCAUGGCAUUGCAAAUACUUGUGCCCUUUUUGCUAGCUGGUUUUGGAACAGUUUCAGCUGGCAUGGUACUGGAUAUAGUACAGCACUGGGAGGUGUUCAGAAAAGUUACAGAAGUUUUCAUUUUAGUCCCUGCACUUCUUGGUCUCAAAGGGAACUUGGAAAUGACAUUGGCAUCCAGAUUAUCCACUGCAGUAAAUAUUGGGAAGAUGGAUUCACCCAUUGAAAAGUGGAACCUAAUAAUUGGCAACUUGGCUUUAAAGCAGGUUCAGGCAACAGUAGUGGGUUUUCUAGCAGCUGUGGCAGCAAUUAUAUUGGGCUGGAUUCCAGAAGGAAAAUAUUACCUUGAUCAUUCCAUACUUCUGUGCUCUAGCAGUGUGGCAACUGCCUUCAUUGCAUCUCUUCUGCAGGGAAUAAUAAUGGUUGGGGUUAUCGUUGGUUCAAAGAAGACUGGUAUAAAUCCUGAUAAUGUUGCUACACCCAUUGCUGCUAGUUUUGGCGACCUUAUAACUCUUGCCAUAUUGGCUUGGAUAAGUCAGGGCUUAUACUCCUGUCUUGAGACCUAUUACUACAUUUCUCCAUUAGUUGGUGUAUUUUUCUUGGCUCUAACUCCUAUUUGGAUUAUAAUAGCUGCCAAACAUCCAGCCACAAGAACAGUUCUCCACUCAGGCUGGGAGCCUGUCGUAACAGCUAUGGUUAUAAGUAGCAUUGGGGGCCUUAUUCUGGACACAACUGUAUCAGACCCAAACUUGGUUGGGAUUGUUGUUUACACGCCAGUUAUUAAUGGUAUUGGUGGUAAUUUGGUGGCCAUUCAGGCUAGCAGGAUUUCUACCUACCUCCAUUUACAUAGCAUUCCAGGAGAAUUGCCUGAUGAACCCAAAGGUUGUUACUACCCAUUUAGAACUUUCUUUGGUCCAGGAGUAAAUAAUAAGUCUGCUCAAGUUCUGCUGCUUUUAGUGAUUCCUGGACAUUUAAUUUUCCUCUACACUAUUCAUUUGAUGAAAAGUGGUCAUACUUCUUUAACUAUAAUCUUCAUAGUAGUGUAUUUAUUUGCCGCUGUGUUACAGGUAUUUACCUUGCUGUGGAUUGCUGACUGGAUGGUCCAUCACUUCUGGAGGAAAGGAAAGGACCCGGAUAGUUUCUCCAUCCCCUACCUAACAGCAUUGGGUGAUCUGCUUGGGACAGCUCUGUUAGCCUUAAGUUUUCAUUUUCUUUGGCUUAUUGGAGAUCGAGAUGGAGAUGUUGGAGACUAAUAAAUUCUACAAACUGCUCUCAAGUUACCAAGGAAGAAAAUACACGACAACCACUUAUGGCUCUUUUUCAAAACUCAAAUCAGUAGUUUGACUUUUGCCAGGGUAAUCUUCAGUUGGCCCUGAUUCAAUUAAAUGGCCUUAAUUUAUUUUUAAGGAAUUUGUGUCAAAACCAGAAUGAAGAGUAUUCGUGCUGCUUUUCAUAGAAUAAAUGAUAAUUUGACAUAGACAUAGAUAUAAGUUCCAGCUCUGAAAUUAAUUAGGAAAGAAUAUAGGAUGUUUACAGUGAAUAAUUUUAAAACCACAAACAUAGCAGAAAUGUACUUGAUUAUUAAAUUUGUAAUGCAGGAUUAGAAGCAGCAGAGCUCUAGUUUAGCCUUUCUUGUCUCACAGAUGUGCUGUAUCCCAGGCAUACUAUAAAACGAAGGGUGCCCAACCAAGCUUUGAAUCGUAUUAACAAUGCCCACCUCUAUGCUAGCUGAGGAUAAAUUUACCAAUUGCUCAUAUUUGAACUGACCUAAAUAUGUUUUGCUGAGCAUAAGAUAAACUCACUUUUACCUCCAUCUAAAAUUAUCCUGUUCCAAUGCCAAUUCAAUUUCAGCUCUGCAAGUUCUUGUCAGGCUAACCUUUAAACAUUGAGUGAUCUUGAGAGAUUGUUAAUGAAAGCAGUGAGUCAUUUUUUGAUGAUUGAUUUGUUGGAAAAAUGUUGAUGUGUUUUAAAAAAUGUAAUCUUCAAAAACAGAAUAUAACCUGAGAUGCAUUUGUAGAGACAAGACGGUACGAGAAUGUGUGUGUGUGUGAGUGUGUGUGUGUGUGUGUGUGAGAGAGAGAGAGAGACUUUUGAUGAAGAACUAAAUCUUGGAUUGCUGAUAGCAAAGAUCAUAGUGCUGUUGGAAUAUCAGCAAUAUAAACACAUUUUAUUGACAUGUUUUUGUCAUUGGGUCCAAAAAUUUUGCUGCUGACCAGAAUUUACUAUUUGUUACCUAUAUUCUUUUUUUUUUUUUUUUUUGAGACAGAGUCUUGCUCUGUCACCCAGGCUGGAAUGCAGUGGUGUGAUCUCGGCUCACUGCUACCUCCGCCUCCUGGAUUCAAGUGAUUCUCCUGCCUCAGCCUCCCGAGUAGCUGGGAUUACAGGAAUGCGCCACAACGCCCAGCUAAUUUGUUACCUACACUCUAAUUAAUAAUUUCUUAUUUUAAAAAGUAGUACUAUUUAAUAUAAUCAAGAUAGGAGAUUUAAAAUGAGCAAGUGAUUCAUUUGCUCUUUUAAAGAAGCCUGUUGACUUACGCUUUUUAAAAAAGAAGUUGGUGGGUUACCUCAAUUAUUGUUCAUGCUUAAACAUAUCCAUUUGUACAGGCUUAUUUCUACAUGGGACCCAAUCAUAUAUACUAUAUUUCUCAAAUAAUUUUUCUAAAACUCUGGCCUAUAUUCUAAACACUUGACCAACACCUUAGUUAUUGAAUAGGUAACCAUUUUUACAUUUUUUUUUUUUUUAUUAUACUUUAAGUUUUAGGGUACAUGUGCACAUUGUGCAGGUUAGUUACAUAUGUAUACAUGUGCCAUUCUGGUGCACUGCACCCACUAACUCGUCAUCUAGCAUUAGGUAUAUCUCCCAAUGCUAUCCCUCCCCCCUCCCCCAACCCCACAACAUUCCCCAGAGUGUGAUAUUCCCCUUCCUGUGUCCAUGUGAUCUCAUUGUUCAAUUCCCACCUAUGAGUGAGAAUAUGCAGUGUUUGGUUUUUUGUUCUUGCGAUAGUUUACUGAGAAUGAUGGUUUCCAAUUUCAUCCAUGUCCCUACAAAGGACAUGAACUCAUCAUUUUUUAUGGCUGCAUAGUAUUCCAUGGUGUAUAUGUGCCACAUUUUCUUAAUCCAGUCUAUUAUUGUUGGACAUUUGGGUUGGUUCCAAGUCUUUGCUAUUGUGAAUAGGUAACCAUUUUUAAAGCACAUGUGGUUCAUUUUUUAAAAUUCAAUCUCUCAAGACCGUUAGAUAUUUAAUAAUUUAAGCUGAUAAGGGUAUCAAAAUGCACAUUAACUUUGAUCAUCAUGAUUUAAGUUGCAACUUUGUGUUAUUAUAUAAAUAUUAGGUUGUUUAUAAAUAUAUUGCAGAAAGUAUUCUUGUUAAGCUCUUUUAAGUGAGGGGACUGUGGUUUAGAGUUAUAUAUUUUUGCUUAUUUUUAAACUUCAAUUAUUCCAUUCUUCUGCCUUAUAAUAAAACUUUUAAGGCAGAGAAGUGAACUAAUUAUAGAAUUUCUCCUUUGGAGAGUUAUAAUGUUACAUAGUGAACAUUCUUAUAAAAGAAAGAAUAAGUUUAAGUUGAUGAAUAUUUAGCUGCAAAGAUUUUUUACUUAAAAAAAUCCAUGAAUAUCUUUGAUUUUAUUAUAAAGCAUUUGUAAAUUAUUUGCAUUUGAGCUGUAAGAUUCAUAAACAUUUACAUUUCCCAAUGAUUUCUAUUUUGAUUUUUAAAAAAUAUACAGGGCAAGCUACAUUUUUAAAGCAUUAAUCAACAACUUUAUUAUAUUACACAUUCCAGUGCACAAACACACAAUAUCAUUUAAUACUCACAGUAGUACCUGUGAAAUAUAUCAGAUGGAUAUUCCUAUCUCUAUUUUACAGCAGAGGAAACCGAAAUUCAGAGAACUUACAUUUCUAAGGUUGUACAGCUGCAAAAUGACCAAAUUGUGAAGUCCCUAACAUCCAGGUUUUCAUAAUGCCAGUACUCUUUCUAUGACAUGUUUAUGACCCUCCAAAUGUACCAAAACUACCUAACUAAUUCACCGAGAGGAAGCCAACUGCAAAAAUAGGAUUUUUAAAAGUACAAUAGAGUAUUACUACAUUUUAUCGAUUUCAGACAAAGAAACCUCCGUUUAUUAUAUCCUGAUGGUGAGUAUUGCCAGCUCUAAAUUAUUCAUAUUUCUAAGACCAAGGAAAAUAUAGGUAAAUGAAAAUUUUGAAAUAAAGAACAAUGCCUUAAUUUGUAAAAUCUAUCAUUGCUACCACCCUGCCCAGGUCUGGCCAUUUGCCAUAAAUGCUGGUAAAUAAAUACAAUGACUGAUAGAGUUCUGUCUCCUUUCUCUUUUGCUACCCAACCUUGGUUAGAGCAACCAAAUGUCUAAAAGGCAUGUAAUAGGAGAAAAAAAUAAAAACAUUAGUUACCAAUUCGCCGAUUAUAAAAGGGAUGUAGAUUCCUUUAAAUUAUUACUGACCUUUUGAAAGCCUUCACGUAAGUAUGCAACAGAUAAAAUGACUCAUUUACCCACAACAAUCAUCUAUUAUCAGUCUUAAGUAAUGUGAAUUCACUGUUAUUUCUUUUUAUACAACAUAAAAACUUCUGCUUUCCAAACUUCUUCCUUUUCACUAAUUUAUCAGCCACUUUAUUUAUACACAGAUAACACUUUUAGAAACAUUUUUCUUUCUUGUCCAUUUUUUUCUUUCAAAAAUAAAGUUUCUUAGAACCUGAUAAAAUGGAAACUUAUGGUAAUAUGUGUUCUGGUAGGUGUCCAAAAAUUCCACACCAUAGACUAUCAAUGAUGUAGCCAAAUAAAGGCCAUUCAAAAAAAUCAGUAAUUGGGAUUCCUUGCUUUAUAUCUAUGGUAUAGUGUACCCAUUUAUAAUGGGGUUCUGCCAUCUUCGAAUUGUUUUAAACUUAAAUAAAGAAUAAAAUUUAAGAAAUAAU